AUGGUAAUGCUCGACAGCCAUUCCAUGCGAGCCAGCCUACAGGUGGCUCCCCUUGCAAUACACAAGACGUCUCGCUCGGCCGCCGCCCAGGACGAUGGCGUCGCUUCUCCUUCAACCCGCAACAACCACAGAAACGCUGCCGCCGCUGCCCUCGAGUCCAGGGCAACAACAGAAUCCUCCACGAACGCGCGAACGACCACGACAGCAGACGCCCACGACUCGAGAUCCGCGAAAUCACACAUGACUCCGCCCGCGACGCCCAAUGCCUCGCAAGAAGAUCUGCUGGCGGCCGUCAGCCCGCCGCCGCCGGUAUUCCACAACUUCUUGCGAGCCUUUUUCCAGUUCCAGCCAACCUGCACCAUGUCCGACUCGACGGUGACGCUGCCGCUGAGCGAGGGGGACGUGGUGUUGGUGCACUCGAUCCACACCAACGGCUGGGCCGACGGCACGCUGCUGGUGUCGGGCGCCCGCGGCUGGCUGCCCACCAACUAUUGCGAGGCCUACGACCCGGAUGAGAUGCGCAACCUGCUCAAGGCCCUGCUUAACUUUUGGGACCUGCUGAGAAGCACCGCCGUCAACGAUAGGGAGAUAUUCGGAAACCAGGAAUUCAUGAAGGGCAUCAUUGCCGGCGUGCGGUACCUCUUGGAGAGGACAAACUGCCUGACAAGGGAGGCGGCCCUCAUCCAACGUCAUGAGGGCCUGCGCCGCAGCCGCAAAUCACUAUUGUCUGAGCUUUCCUCACUAGUCAAGACGGCCAAGAGGUUACAGGAGCACCAAAGACGACCAGACCCGAACGAGGAUGUCAACGACAUCGUCGACGAGAUGAUCCUGAAGGCCUUCAAGAUUGUUACAAAGGGCACCCGUUUCCUCGAUAUUCUAGAAGACGACCGGAGGUCACGGGCCCCCGCCGUUACCGUUAUGGCGACCGUUCUGGAGGAGUCGAGUGUGCCACCAACGCCACCAGCCGACUCUGGGUCGUUUGGGUCCCAACAGGGCCUGGCGCGCCAGGCUAGCGAUGCAGCCUUCCGCUCACAUGACCGCGAGGAGACCAGGAACAUACUGGAGGGGCGCACCAGCGAUAGCGUGGAGCAAACGGGCGUCGUGCCAAGCGCCGUUGACGGGCAGCAAACAGCGCCGUUGCCAGCAAACGCAAACAACAACAGCAACAACACCAGGCGGCAGUCGCUUGUCCUGUCGCCCACGUCGGGUACAAAUCCCCGCCGGCUGUCUCAGAACAAUGCCGCACUAGCGAACCGACUGUCGUCUACGAUAUCGCACCGUGUCUCGCUCGCCGGCCCGUCCCCGCUCUCGAGGCCACAGAAUCUCGUCUCACAGCGAUUGAGCGACGGCCAUGACACCUUCCUGUCCUACCUCGGCUCCUUCAUUGGACGACUCCAUCUACAGUCGCAGUCUCGCCCCCACCUGGCCCUCGCCAUCAAGCAGUCGGCCACAUCUGGUGGCGAGCUGCUGGUCGUCAUCGACAUUGUGUGCGCCCACAAUCAUCCGAGUCUGGACCUGCUCGUGGAUCGCCGCGCAGCCAUGUACGACCGCCUGCGAGACCUCGUGCUCACCGCGCGCGACGUUCUGACUGCCCACGGCCCCGACGACGAGGACAUCAUGGUCCCCCACGACAACAGCCGUCUGCUGUAUACCGCCACUGACUGCGUCCGCGCCACGGGCGAGUGUGUGGCCAAGACCAAGUGGCUGAUCGAGCGCAUCGGCGACUUUGAGUUCGAGUUCGACGCGGGCGCCACGGGCCUGGACAUGGACUUGACUUUCCUGGACAUCGCCGCCGCCGACGACAGCGAUCGCAGGCCAUCGACUGCCAUACCCCUCAACUCAUCGAGGUCGAGCUUCGCCGAAUCCCAGGUUUCCGAGGAGGCCUCGCUGCGCGCCCUUCCUGUUGCCACAACACCCACGCCGACUGUGCGCCCUACCCACCCGGCCAUCGACAAGCCGUUGCCCGAAGUGCCUCAGCUCAGCCCUCCCGAGGACGAGGGCGACAACGACGAGGAGGAGGCCCAGCCACAGCUCCCACCUCAGCCCUCACCGCCGGCAUCAAGGCCGAUAUCCAUCUUCGACGAUGCCGCGUCAAGCAUAGCAUCCUCGGUGGCAUCGCUCAGGCCUGUUCUGCCGCCGCUGCCCAGGCUGUCCACAUCGUUGCUCACCCAAGACGAGUACAGCCCAUCGGAGCACUCGGCUGGCCACGACAGCGAGUACCACUCAUCCUUCCGAUCCGAAAGCAUUGCAACUGCGUCGAGCUCUGCCACAGGCAGCACCUAUCUCAGCCGGGACUCGGAGUCCAGCCUCGUGUCUCAAACAUCGACUCGCGCUACCACACCCGACCUUGCGAGCAGGCCGUCCUUUUCGGAUCUCAGCAACGCUGGGACCGGCGCUGAAGAGGUGGAGGACGUCGAGUCCAAGUUGCUGGAGAAGACGUUUGCCCACGAGCUGAUGUUCAACAAGGAAGGCCAGGUGACGGGCGGCUCGCUCUCUGCGCUUGUCGAACGCCUAACCACGCACGAGUCCACACCCGACGCCAUGUUCGUCUCGACCUUCUACCUCACCUUUAGGCUCUUCUGCACACCCAUGGAGCUCGCCGAGAGCCUCGUCGAUCGGUUCGACUAUGUGGCCGAGUCCCCGCAUAUGGCCAUUCCGGUCCGCAUGCGCGUGUACAACGCCUUCAAGGGCUGGCUGGAGUCGUACUGGCGCCACGAGACGGACCAGGAGGCGCUGACCAUCAUCGAGCCGUUUGCCAACUUCAAGCUUAGCGCCGUGCUACCCACGGCCGCCGCUAACCUGGUGAGGCUAACCCAGCGGGCCGCGUCGGAUGAUGUCCUCGUCCCUCGCCAGGCGUCUUCGAUGGGCAAGACCAACACGGCCAAUGCCGGAUACAUACCCGUCGACACUCCCCUGCCGUCCUCAAUUAUCACCAAGAGCCAGGCCCAUGCGCUGGCAAACUGGAAGGCCGGCGGUAGCUGCCCUACCAUCCUCGACUUCGACCCUCAAGAGUUUGCGCGCCAGCUCACCAUCAAGCAGAUGGUCCACUUUUGCUCCAUGAUGCCAGAGGAGCUGCUCGGCUCGCAGUGGAUGAAGAACGGCGGCAUCGGUGCCCCCAACGUCAAGGCCAUGUCGGGCCUGUCGACAGACCUCUCCAACCUGGUGGCCGACACCAUCCUCCACUACAAUGAGGUCAAGAAGCGCGCGACUGUUAUCAAGCAGUGGAUCAAGAUCGCCCACCAGUGCCUCGAGCUCAACAACUACGAUGCCCUGAUGGCCAUCAUCUGCAGUCUGAACAGCUCCACCAUCACGCGCCUGCGGAGGACGUGGGAGUUUGUGUCGGCCCGCCGGCGCGAGCUGCUCAAGCAGAUGCAGGCCGUCGUCGAGCCGUCGCAGAACAACAAGGUGCUGCGCGGUCGCCUCCACGACCAUGUGCCUCCCUGCCUGCCCUUCCUGGGCAUGUUCCUCACUGACCUCACCUUUGUCGACAUUGGCAACCCGUCGACCAAGCAGCUGGCGGGCUCGGACGGCAGCGAGGGCGGCAGCGGCCUGACCGUGGUAAACUUCGACAAGCACACGCGCACGGCCAAGAUUAUUGGCGAGCUGCAGCGGUUCCAGAUCCCCUACCGGCUCGCCGAGGUGCCCGACAUGCAGGACUGGCUGCAAGCGCAGGUGGUGCGCGUCCGCGAGCUCGAGGUGCCCGGCAGCAACGUCCAGGUGUCGUACUACCGCAAGAGCCUGCUCCUCGAACCGCGGGAGAACACGCAGCCGGCGUCGCGCACACCCUCGGCCUCGCUCUCGGCCGGUGGAUCUAGCGCUGGGAGCGUCCUCGGCAAUGGUCUGCUCUCGGUCGUCACUGCCGGUGGCGUCGCGUCGACGUCGGCGGUCCAGACGCCGACGGCCAAGGACACGCCAACCAGGACCGACUACUUUGGCUGGAUGCGCGGCGCCUCCAGCAGCAACACGGCGGUUGCCUAAGUCAGCACGAACCGAGCCCGACAGACACAAAACUUGCCAUAUACGCUACCACAUUUUCGCCCUUUGCACGCUCUUGACGCGACCUCGCCCCGAACUAACCAAACAUCAUCACUACCACGGCCUCCCAUAUCUUUUAUUUACGUGUUGAUCGAUUGAUACCCAUUUUUCUGUUGGCUGUUACACCCUCUUUCUUCUCCGUCGGGAGCAGGUCUUGAGCCUGCUGCUUAUUCUUAAUCGGGACUACCAUUGGGCAUAAUCUCCUCGCCGACCCGACAGCACGUCGUCGGUCGCUUGCGUCUCGCAUAUUGGGUUACU